AAUGAUCAUAAUUCCUAACCUUAUUUUUAUUCCACUUAUAGUUAAUUUAUUCAAAUUUAAAUUUAUUUUUUAGUUAUGUCUUUUUUACCAAAUUAUAUAUUAAUAUUUAAACCGAAAAACUUUUAAAGUUUGAAAGAAAUGAUGAGUUUGUGGAGCUUGUUCAGAAACCUCAGCUGUUUGUGCAGCUCUGAAUCUGUGUAUGUUGAAAAUAGGAAAUUUGUAGUUAGGGGUCGGCUUGGGGAAGGUGGUUUUGCAGUGAUUGACUUAGUUGAAGACAAGCACACAAAAAGAUUUUUUGCACUGAAAAAAAUUACAUGCCACUCGAGAGCAGAUGAACAACAAGCUCUUGAUGAAGUUUCCUACAUGCUCAAACUCAAACACCCUAAUUUGGCUCCAUGUGAAGUUCAUUCUGUCAUUUCUCGAGGUAACUCAGAUGACAACAUGGCCACCAGUGAUGUGCUGAUUGUUAUGCCUUACUAUAAAAGGGGCUCAUUAAUGGAUGAGUUAGACAGACUGAAGGAAAAACAUCUGAGAAUGAAUGAAAAGAGAAUUAUUCACUUACUCACCGGCAUAUGUAGGGCACUAAACUACCUACACACACUUAAACCACUUGCCCUGGCACAUAGAGACAUCAAGCCGCACAAUGUCAUGCUGCACUACGAAAUCAACAACAACAAUCUAAACAUCAACCACAACCUCAACGAUGACGUCACAGAAGAUGAUCCGUCGUCAUCUCGCAUGACGUCGCACGUAGAAAUUCCUGUUCUGGUUGAUUUCGGGUCGAUGGGACCUGCCAGGUGUGAGAUUAAAAAUUCGUCUGACGCCAGAAAGUUACAGGAGUUGGCGUCUGAGAAAUGUACCAUGCCGUAUAGGGCUCCUGAACUAUUUCAAGUUGAACCUUCGUCAAUCGUCGAUGAAAAGAUUGAUAUAUGGUCCUUAGGCUGUACAUUAUACUCCAUGUGCUUUCAUGAGUCACCAUUCGAAAGAGUCCAACAACGAGGAGAUAGCAUAGCGUUGGCCGCCAUGGCAGGCAAUAUCAAAAUUCCGGAGGAUAAUCAGUAUUCAGUCUCACUGAUGAACGUGAUGAUGAUGAUGAUGAAGGUGGAUCCAGUUGAAAGGCCAUCAUCUGAUGAGUUACUCACCAUGAUCGUUCAUCAUCAUCACCAUCGGCAGGGAGCUGGUGAUGAUGUUUUGUGACGUUUGGUGAGGACGAAAUGAUGAUGACGAUAGUGGUGAUGAUAGUGGUGAUGAUAGUGGUGAUGAUAGUGGUGAUGAUAGUGGUGAUGAUAAUGGUGAUGAUGAUGAUAGUGGUGAUGACGAUGAUGAGGAAGAGAAUGAUGAUGAUGGAGAUGGUGAUGAUGAUGAAAAUGGUGCUGAUUAUGAUGUCACGAUGGUAAUCAUUGUGGCAUUUUCCGCAUUCGAAUGUUUUAUUUAUUUAAUCUCUUUUUUUUACAAUUUUACAAUCAUUUUUUCAUACAUACAUUCAAUCGUUCGUUCGUAUUUCAAAUCUAUAUAAUCCAUUCCAUUGUCCAUACUUGUUUUGUCUUCCCUUAAAAUUAUUAUUCUCAUUGUAAUAAAAAUAUAAUAAAGUAUGA